UCUUGCACCUCGAGUCAUCUUUUUUAAAACAAGAAAAACACCUCUGCAUCCUGAAAAAGAUCGCUUUAUUCCCAACAUGUGUAAUAGUUCCUCCAUUUUCCAAUCAACUAAGUGAACUCUCUCAGCGCUCAAGCGGAAGGCCGGACUACAAGUCCCGGCAUGCUCUGCAGGGUCCCCGGGCGCCCGGCCACCGUCGUAGGUGCGGGCCGCAUGAAUGGAGCACCGGGCGUAAGGCAAAGCCUGGCACCGUCCGCGCGGCCGGUAUCUGCUCCCGGAGCGUGAGUGCGGGGUGUGGGGCGUGCGCGUGCACGCUCAGAGGGGGCGCAAGGCGAGCGCGCCGGGCAGUUGCGGGCGCGUGGCUGCUGAGGUUGGCGGCGGUGCCGCGCGCCCGACGGGCCGGUGGUUGCGGGGCCUCCCGCCUCGACCCGGGCUGCGGGCAGCCGUGGCGGCCGCCGGGGACCGCAAGGGGCGGAGGAAAGGAGGGGGCCGGUCCCGGUACGCAGAGGAGCAGCCGACCAUGCCCCGAGACAACAUGGCCUCCCUGAUCCAACGGAUCGCCCGCCAGGCUUGCCUCACCUUCCGGGACAGCGGGGGCGGUCGCGGCGCUUCCGAUCGCGGCGCGGCUUCUGGCCCGGAGGCGCCGAUGCCGCCGGGCUUCCCCGAGAACCUGAGCAAGCUGAAGAGCCUUCUGACCCAGGUCCGCGCCGAGGACUUGAACAUCGCCCCGCGCAAGGCCACACUACAGCCACUGCCGCCCAACCUGCCGCCAGUCACCUACAUGCACAUCUACGAGACGGACGGCUUCAGCCUGGGCGUGUUCCUGCUCAAGAGCGGCACGUCCAUCCCGCUGCACGACCACCCGGGCAUGCAUGGCAUGCUCAAGGUGCUAUACGGCACCGUGCGCAUCAGCUGUAUGGACAAGCUGGACGCGGGCGGCGGGCAACGGCCGCGGGCCUUGCCGCCCGAGCAGCAGUUUGAGCCGCCGCUGCAGCCCCGGGAGCGAGAAGCAGUGCGGCCGGGCGUGCUGCGUUCGCGGGCCGAGUACACCGAGGCCAGCGGCCCCUGCAUCCUGACACCGCACCGGGACAACCUGCACCAGAUCGACGCCGUGGAAGGGCCUGCCGCCUUCCUGGACAUCCUGGCCCCGCCCUACGACCCGGACGACGGCCGGGACUGCCACUAUUACCGGGUGCUGGAGCCGCUCAGGCCCAAGGAGGCCUCCAGCUCGGCCUGUGACCUGCCCCGAGAGGUGUGGCUCCUGGAGACCCCACAGGCCGAUGACUUCUGGUGCGAGGGAGAACCCUAUCCAGGUCCCAAGGUCUUCCCUUGAAGCCACCGGCGCCCAGGAGCAGUGGGCCGAAGACGUGCCCUACCCUACCACAAGGGCUGUGUCUCUCUCUACCCCCUAGCCUGGGCGUUGGAUCUACUGGAAUGAGCAGCAGCCGCUUCCUCGGCAGCCUUGGGAAGCACGGGCCACUGGACAGCAGCCGCCGGGCACGGUUAUGGGGGCGGAGUGGGCGGGGAGGCUAGAUUGUUUCCUGGUACCGUCACUGCCACUGGGGCUUUGAUUUGGAGGAAUGGGGCAGGGGACCAUCUGAAGCGCUUCCAUCCUAAAGCCAUAAUGAAAGUAUCUUCCUCUCUUCCCCAUUCUAUACAAAAUACUAAGUGGUUUUCUUCCUCCCACUCCCCACCCCUUAGGUAAAUAGGGUUUAUUUUCCACUCAUGCCCUUAUGCCCUUUUUUUCUUGCAGUUUUAACUUAUUGACUGUGCAUGACCCAGUGGUUUGAAUUGUUUUUAGUUCAAGUCAUUGGUAAAAACUAGGUUUAAAGAGAUGAGCUACUGUUUAAAGUGAGCUGGCCUGCCUAAUUAAUUCCUUGUGAAAAUUAAAUGAUUUUUUCAGUUUGGGGAUCACUCUCACAACAUAACUAUGCAUGUAGAGGACAAGAUUUAUUUGCUUUCCUCCCUGUGCCCAGUAGCCACAUCUGGUUUACUCAGGCAGCAUCUACUAAGAAAUUCAGCACCUGCAUAAUCUCUGUGACAUGGUCACUUAGAGCUUAUCUUCCCUAUGAAUCUCCAGAUCUGUGAGUUGAGCAGAUUUCAUGUUGCAGAUUCACCUUUAAUGCAAAGACUGUAUUAUCCUCACAUGACUUUUUUUCUUGUCUUACUGUACCUUAAAAGGUGAUAGAGUAAUUCUGUUUUCUAACGGGAAGAUUCAAAGGAGCUGAAUGUGUUAUGCUUCCAAACAACUGAAUGUAAAACACUCCUAGCCAGCUGUCGUAUUCCCUAUCUUUAUUUACUUCCAAUAUUUUACUGUAAAAGUAGGGAGAAAUAUUAUGUUGAUAGCUGUUUCACAUUCUCUCAGGAACUCUAAUGUUCCCGACUCGGGUAUUUCCAGCUGUGUUGCUGGCAGUGUUGUCUCAACCCUCUCCCUAAAACGACUGAGCGCUGGGUUCAUCUAAUGUGGUUUUCUGUAGGAAGAGAUAGAAGGCACAGAAGAUCACAGCUGGAGAAUUGAGAAUUAACUAGACUGCUAGCCAUUUUAGGGCACCAAAACUUGGGAUUAAACACUUCCCACUUCCCACUCCCAAACCCUGAAAUGAACAGUCUUGCUCUCUGUGACUAGUUUUAUUUUUGUGCGUUUAAUAGUCUGAGCAGUCUCACCUUGUUUACAGAUGUAUUGACACCAUUUGCUUCAGGCCAUGGAGCACUGUUUCUCCCUUUUUACUAUUUAUAAGAUUCCUUUUUUCACAAAACUUUUAAUAAAAACAAAUUGUAGAAAUAAACACAUUAAAAUCUGCCCAGCUGUCGUCUAAGCCCUCUUAAUUGACUUGCCCAAGUGGCAAUAGAGUUCUAAUAUCUAUAAUAAAGGGAGAUUUGCUAUUGUUGGUGGAAUGUUGAACCGGUAUGUAGAGAAAGAGUAUGUGCCUUUGCCUCUUUAUACACACAGAGACCCAGGGUGAGAGAGUAUUCCCAGUUUUUAAGAUAGUAUAAAAAAGCAAAUACUUGGUGAGUGAUUUAAAAAUAAAACCAAAACAAAACACAAAAAGAUAUUCCACAGGACAUGCCACUUUAUUAUAAAACCUGACACAGGCAUAGUACCAAGUAUUUCCUCCAGGGUUGUUAAAAUUGUUUUAUUGUAGCUCCACAUUCUGAUGUCGUUUAAAAUGCCUUUGGGGGCAGUUCGAAGCAGUUCUUCAUGCCACUUAGUUUGAAAAUAAAAUUCUAGAUAUGCAAAUGAUUUUCUUAGAAAACUUCACAAAAUAAAAGGUUUUUGUUUUUUUUUUCCAUAGCACGGUAAUGAAUGUGGUUACCAAUCAUAUACUUUUUUGGAUUAUAUUGUAGCAAAAAGUUGAUUAGCUUACAAAGAUUAUUAAUAGCAAUGUAUGUGUUAUAAUACAACCUAGAGUACAUUAAACUAACCUACAAAAACUCAUCCUGGCUGUAGGAUAGUAAUAAAGGAAGAAUUAUGACUUCAUUAUGAAAAAAAAAAAAACGUUUUAAAGUUUUCAGUUACAAGCAAAUUGGAAGAAAAUACCUAAGGUGCUUUCAAAAGAGUAACUGAAAUUGUUGCAGGCCAAAACAGCAAUAUGAUAUCUCAGAUUCAGUUCAAUAAGAAUAGUGAAAGUUUUGGUUCACUAAUAAAUUCUGAGUAAAUUAGUGGUGAAGACAAAAUGUAACUUGUUUUAGUGAGCCACUAAGGAAAGAAUAUGCUUAUUACAAAGACAAAGUGUGGUGCAGAAAGUAUGUUGCACCUGCGUGCAUAAACUAUUCGUCAUGACUGACUUGAUAUGUUGCUAUUGUGUUUCUAUAUACUCCCUCCAAUAUAGAUAAUUUUUAAUAACAACUGUGGGAUAAAAGUUGUCUUCCCCUAGGAAAGACUAAUGAGCACAAUGAUACUAAUCACUUUUGUGGUGAAUAAUAAAUGCAAUAAUUGCCUCAUGGGUGA